CUCCCAGUCUCUCUCUCAACUCUCUCAAUUUCUACUCUUAUUCCAAGGGUGUGUCUCUUUUUCUCAUCUCCUCACUCUCCUCGGUAGAUCCCCUUUUCCCUUUUCCACUAAAAAAAAAGAAAGGAAAAAAAAAACUCUUUUCUCUGCAUUGUUGCGGUAGAUCUUUGCCGCGUUUCAUGGAUCUACAAUUGCCCCGAGUCGCAUUGUCUUUACCUUCUCUCUCCUAGGGUUUUUUCCGUUCCUUUUUUUUUUGCCGCUUGGUGGCGGAGCAGUGUAGCUUUAGUUUUGUUUGGUUAUAAGGUGUGUUGUUUCGCUCGGAGAAUGCGACGGAGAGUUUGGCCGGCGGCGAAUGGUCCACCGGAACCUUAGGACUCUUCAGUGGCACUUCGGCGAGGCUUGCGUGGUUCGAGUUGGUAUCUCUUUCUGACGAUGGUUGUUGUGGACUCUGGUUCGGCGAGAGAAGAUGACUGCUUUCACUCUGCUCCAUUUGCUUCUUGUUUACUUACUCAGCUUUCUCUCAUGUUCUUGUUUAGGGUUGCAAAUAUUCUUGUCUCCUUUACAACCAUCGCACCAGUUGUCUGCAAUGGAAACAAUAGUUGACCAUGCAGCUAGGUUUAUUUCAAUGCGUGUAUUAUUUUCUCAACCAAGAUCAUCCCAGGAACAUGUUAAUCCUUCUUUUGGACCAACCACUGCACCUGCACCUUCUCCUAACCAUCGAGUUCCUGUUGCUCGCCAUAGUAGCCAUGUGGUGCCCAGACAUCAUCAUGGUGGUCACCAUCGUCAGCAUCAUGUUAAACCUCAAGCAGCUGCUCCAUCACCUUCAGAGCUAGGUUGCGAUCAAAUUUGCAUGGAGCCACUUACUGCAACCCCUUUUGGUUCACCUUGUGGUUGUGUGUUCCCUAUGAAAGUCAAACUUCUUCUAACUGUAGCUCCUUAUGCUGUUUUCCCUGUGAUGAAUGAGCUAGAGAUUGAGGUUGCUGCGGGCAUAUAUUUGCAACAAAGUCAAGUGAAAAUAAUGGGUGCGACUGCAGAUACUAAAAAUCAAGGGAGAACGUUGGUGGAGAUUAACUUGGUUCCACUUGGAGAGAAGUUUGAUAAUACAACAGCAAUACUUACAUAUGACCGACUUUUGCAUAAAAGAGUGUCUCUAAAUUCUACUCUUUUUGGAACAUAUGAGGUGGUAUCCAUCAGUUAUCCAGGAAUUCCUGCUUCACCACCAUAUGGUUUGGGGAGUGGUCCAACUGGAAGUGCUGGAGAUCUCCCAAUCACAGCUAAUUUUGUUAACAAGAACCAAAAGAUGAACAUCAGGAUCAUUGCCAUUAUUGUUUUAUCUGCUUUUGUCCUCUUAUUGGUUUUAGCUGGAGCAAUCUCAGUCCUUAUAAAAUGGAGGAAGGUUGGAAGACCAUCCAAUGCAGUUGGUCCGGCGUUUCCUUUCUCCAUAAACAAAAGAUCUGGCAUUGGUUCUAUCUUGUCAAGCAGUAUGGCAAGCUCUGCAUCAAUGUCACUCAUGUCCACCAUGGCUUCUUGUACUCUCUCAGUUAAAACUUUUGCAUUUGUUGAUAUUGAGAAGGCGACAGACAAGUUCAGUUCAAAGAGGAUUCUUGGUGAAGGGGGAUUUGGACGUGUUUACUGUGGUGUUAUGGAGGAUGGAAGUGAGGUAGCUGUUAAGUUACUUACAAGAGAUAAUCAGAAUGGGGACCGUGAAUUUAUCGCUGAAGUGGAGAUGCUAAGCCGAUUGCACCACCGCAAUCUUGUGAAACUUGUUGGUGUAUGUAUUGAAGGACGCAUACGCUGCUUGGUGUAUGAACUUGUUCCAAAUGGAAGUGUGGAAUCACACUUGCAUGGUGUUGACAAAAAGAAAGGACCUCUUGAUUGGGACACACGGCUGAAGAUUGCCCUUGGAGCAGCUAGGGGAUUGGCUUAUCUUCAUGAAGAUUCUAAUCCUCGAGUGAUUCACCGAGAUUUUAAGGCUAGUAAUGUUUUAUUAGAAGAUGACUUCACCCCUAAGGUUUCAGAUUUUGGUUUAGCAAGGGAAGCAACUGAAGGAAGCGAGCACAUUUCUACGCGGGUCAUGGGAACUUUUGGGUAUGUUGCUCCCGAAUAUGCUAUGACUGGGCACCUACUUGUUAAGAGUGAUGUUUACAGUUUUGGGGUUGUGCUUCUUGAGCUUUUGACUGGAAGAAAACCUGUGGAUAUGUCCCAACCUCAGGGACAGGAAAAUCUAGUAACUUGGGCGCGGCCUUUGCUGACCAGUAGAGAUGGCGUAGAACAGUUGGUGGAUCCUUCCUUGGCUGGAACAUAUGACUUUAAUGACAUGGCUAAGGUGGCAGCCAUUGCUUCCAUGUGUGUUCACCCAGAGGUGACUCGCAGACCUUUUAUGGGUGAAGUUGUUCAGGCUCUGAAACUGAUAUACAAUGACACCGAUGAAACUGGUGGGGAUAGCUGUAGUCAAAAGGAUUCUUCUGCCCCAGAGUAUGACUUUAAAGGGGAUUUUGUCCCUUCUGAUAGUAGUUGGUGGAAUGCUGGUGGGGUCACCCCCCGCUUAACUUAUGGACAGGCAUCUUCUUUUAUCACAAUGGACUAUAGUUCUGGCCCACUUGAAGAGAUGGAAAACAGACCGUUUUCAUCUUCAAGUUUGAUUGGAGGAGGAACAUCUUUACCAAUUAGACAUGGUAACAGAUCAGGUCCCUUGAGAACAGUCCGAAGCAAGCCAAGCUUUUAUAGAUUAAGAGGGAGCAUGAGUGAGCACGGGGGACUCCUUCCAAGGCGAAUUUGGAGUGAUGCCUAUUGGGUUUGAGGUUUCUUUUCCCAGCUAUUUUUAUUUUUUGAAUUGUACAGUUCAAAAGGGCCGGGGCAUUUGGGUAAGCAGUCAAUUGUAGUUUAGCUUUUGGGGAUUCUGAAGUUUCCAUGUUCGAUGAGAAGCAGAGAGCCGACCUUGGCUUCUCAUUUUUGAAGCCUUGAUUCAUUACCGUACAAAAAUGAAGAUGUAAGUUGAAUACUCCCUGUUUUAUAAACAUUUUAUUUACGGUUCUUGAAUUUCUUUCUCCGUAUUGUUUAUGUGCCAAGAAAUUGCAAGAAACGACGGACAGUUCCUAAGUAAGCUGUUUGAUUUUAACGAAGAGGAAGGAAAGGAGGAAAAACAUUAUCAU